AUGUCCUUCAUGAGCAUCCCCUCGCGCCUCCGGGGCAAGACUGCCCUGAUAACCGGAGCAUCAUCUGGCAUUGGUGCCUCGACUGCUGUCCUCUUCGCCAGUUGCGGAAUGAAUACUGUUCUGACCGCGCGACGAGCUGAUAAGCUGGCCGAGGUAAAGGAGAAGUGCCUUGCAGCAUACAAAGAUUCUGGAGCCAUUUCUGAUGAGAAUACUGUGGUUGUUAUCGAGGCCGAUAUGUCGAGUAAGGUGGAUGUCGAACGGGUAGCGGCAAGACUUGAGGGCAGGAGACUUGACAUACUGGUCAACAACGCUGGAAUGGUGCGAGGAAGGGAACAUGUUGGUGAUAUUGCCGACGAUGAUAUUGAUGCAAUGGUACAAACGAAUGUCGUCGGCCUCAUUCGAUUAACCCAGACCGUCGUACGACAGAUGAAAAAGCAAGGCGCUGGUACGAUUAUCAACCUCGGCUCGAUAGCAGGAAGAGAGGCAUAUGCAGGAGGCUCGAUAUAUUGCGCAACCAAAUUUGCCGUUGCCGCAUUCUCGAAUUCCCUGAUGAAGGAGCUAGUCAAUACCCCCAUUAGGGUAUGCGAAAUUCAACCUGGUAUGGUUGAAACUGAGUUCUCCAUUGUCAGAUUCAGGGGCGACAAAGACCGCGCAAGCAGAGAGUACAAGGGUUUAACUCCUUUAACGGGUGAUGAUAUUGCGGAAGAAAUCGUCUGGUGUGCAAGUAGGCCUGACCAUGUUCAGAUUGCUCAGAUGCUUGUUUUCCCAACUGCUCAAGCAUCUGCUGGAAUCAGCUACCGGAAGCCCGAAUGA